CAGCGCUGUAUCAUUGCUGUGUGUGGCGCUUUAUUGAGAGCAGAGCGUCUGUUAAAGGAUAGCGGAUUGUGUGUGUGUGUGUGGAGGGGAAAAAAAAACCAACAAAAACGAAGACGAGGAUAGAAAAUGAAGCUAUUAAGGACUGAAGCGCUGUUACCUGCGUUAUCUAGCUGACAGGGCAGUGACGGAGGAGGAUGUGGCGGUGAAGCAGAUAGAGGAGAGAUGAAGCAGCCUGAGUGCCUGAGAGGAAAAACCGGCGUCUUUACUCACAAAAUGGCUCCUAAAACGGUUUCAGAGACAUUGGGACUUAUAUAAGAGAGAAAGUCUGAUGCUUUAUCGAAAGCGAAUAUUACCAUGCCUUCCUCUUCAGUACCAUACCGGCACAUCGACCUUCAUUUCCCGGAUAUACGAGGCUGCAGCGUGGCCUGGUUUAGCAAGGAUGGCUUUAUUAUACUGUAAGGUGAAUCUCCUGUCACCUGCUCAGCCAACGCAAUAUUCAUCCCCACAUCCACAUUCCCCAUCCUUUUCAUCUGCACGUCAACAAAUCAGAUUUUAAACAUUUCACUGGAUGUCAGACUUCAAGACUGAACACAAAUGCAUCAGCAUAGAUCAUAACACUGAUGGCAUCAUGCAAAUUAAUUAUUGAACAGACUCUGGGAGUCUCAUGGUGAAGUUCGUCGAAGCUCAGGUUUAAUGCGAAAGACUUCGUAACCCACGAUGAAGGAAGUGUGCCGGAUUUGCGCCCGCGAGCUGUGCGGGAAUCAGCGCCGCUGGAUCUUCCACCCGGCAGCCAAGCUACAGGUGCUGCUGUCGUACGCACUGGGCUGCGAGCUGCGCCGGGACGGUCGUGGAGAGUUCGUGUGCAGCAAGUGUGCCUUUAUGCUUGAGCGUAUGUAUCGCUUUGACACGGUGGUCGCGCGUGUGGAGGCACUCUCGAUCGAGCGCCUGCACAAGCUCCUGCUGGAGAAAGACCGUCUGCGACAAUGCAUCAGUGGAAUGUAUCGCAAGUACAACGACGAGGCGACGUCUGGAGAGAAAGACUGCAUGGUAGAUAUGUCGAGCCUUCAGGAUGCCAAGUACUGCGCUCUGGUCGAAGAGGACCUGAUGUAUUCGGUUUACGAGUCGUGGGCAGAGGACGAGGAGCAGACACUGGAAUGUAGCCAUAAUCCACCGUGCCAUGGGUCGGACAUGUCGUCGCUCUGGCAACGGUCAAGAAGAUGCCGGGGCUGCAGUGCGCUCCGAGUGUCUGACUCAGACUACGAGGCUGUUUGCAAGGUACCCAGGAAAUUGGCACGUAGCAUUUCUUGUGGUCCUUCCACACGCUACUCUGAGACUACGACGACGACGGCAUCAACUACCCUCGUUCCAGAGAGUGAGAAAACAGCAAGGACUUCUUCAUCUGACAGUGACAAGACUUUGGGAGGGAGGGCAAGCUCCAGCAACUCGGCAGAGUCCCUAACCUCCACCCUGGGUGCAGCAGCCCCUGUUAGAGAGCUGGAGCGAGACGGGAGGGAAGAGCAGAACUGGGACACUGUCUCAGAGCAACACUUGGAACCCAAUCUAGACAGCGCGAGUACAGCUAACAAACUGCAGCUAGCAUUGUGCUUGGUUCAGAACUGCAUAUACAAACCUAUCCGGGUCCCCCAUGGAAGUAGGCUGCCUGUUUUGAUCAAACCUGAGUGUGUGGAUACGGGCAUUAAGCUAAGCAACCCAGAACAAGCCUUGAGGACCCCCACCUUUCGUGUAGCCUCUGUGCUAGAGGUUCCAGGGCCACCAAGAAUUCGGCUGGGCCUGGCGCUGGAGUUGGCUGAGCUGGAAGAGAUGUGGGAUGAUUUGCACGUGGAGUACUUGCCUUUCUGCUUGAAGAAGGUUGAAAAGAAGUCUCUGAUUGAAGAGCAGCAGUCUCAGCUGAACCAGUAUGAAUCUGCAGCAGGCCAGUGCGUGAGUGAACUGCAGAAGGCUCAGCUACAGGUUCAGUCCCUCCAAAAUAAGAUCCAAGAGAGCGAAACCAGCAACACGAAGCUGCAGGAAAAGCUGAGUGAAAUGGAAACUGAGCUGCGUUCUAUCAGACAGGCAGCUCAAAACCAGGAGAGGACCAUCCAGAGCCUCACUGAGAGUCUUAAAACGAAGGAGACGGAGACGCAGGAGUUAUAUCAGGUUAUAGAAGGACAGAAUGCCACCCUGUGCAAGCUCAGAGAAGUGGCCCAUCGCAGUCAGCUCCAAUAUACACAAGUUGUAGAAGGAGGUGACCUGCAGGGUGAAAUGGUGGCACUACAAAGCUCUCUCUUCUGCUGCCAGCUGGAGCUGGAGGCCAGUCAGAGAGCACAGAGACAGAGCCAGAGGGUAACAGAAGACCUGGUACACUCCCGUGACCGCCUGCACAGUGAUCUAGAAGCAGCGCUGCAGCACAGAGAGACCACCGAAAAGUACAACCAGGAUUUGCGCAGCACAGUGCAGCAGCUGCGUUCAGAGCUACAGGUGAAGGAAGCCCAGCUGAAGGAGAGUGAGGCUGAUAAAAACACUGAGAUUUUAGCCCAAGACAAAACCAUCUCAGAACUACAGAUUUCACUAAGGGAGAAGGAGAAAAUUGUGCAGGAGUACUCAGAGCUGCUGGACCAGCCUGCUGAGACUGGUCGACCCCGAGACGCUCUGCUGGACAAGUUAAAGAGUCGCAUUCGUGAUCGGGACAAAGCUCUGGAGCGUGCUAUAGAUGAGAAGUUCCGUUGCUUGGAGGAGAAGGAGACUGAGGUGCGCAAGCUGCAAUUAGCGCUCCGGGAGAAAGAGAGAGACCUCGAGAGACUGCGCUGUAUUUUGACCAACAAUGAGGAGACAAUCACGAGUGUGGAUGGUCUGAUGCGCAGUAAGGAGCUGGAGUUGGAGCAGGCUCAGGAAGCGUGUCGGAAGCUGCAGUGGCUCAAACAGCAGUGUGAUGAGAAACACACAGCUGCUCUGCGUGAGAGAGACAACAUUAUCACACAGCUGCACACUACGCUACACAUUCGUAGCAAAGAGACCGAGGACCUGACGGCAGCAUUGUUGGCUAAGCUCUCCCCCAGCCCUAAAGAGGUGGUGGAGGAGCUGAAGUCACGUCUGGCACUGAAAGAGCGGCUCUUCCAGGAGGUGCUGUCUGAGCGCAGCAGGCAGACUCAGGAGCACCACACACUGAUCCAGGACCUGCUCAAUACAAUCAGCUCCAGAGACCAGUACAUCAAGGAGAAUGGUGAGAGGUUGAGGCAGGUGAUAACAGAGAGGGCUGGGCAGCUACAGGAGAUGCGCAGGCAGCUCUCAUCACGUGAACAGGAGCUGAGUGAAGUGACACGAGAGAGAGACAGGGAGAGAGAAAGAGGAGCUCCAAUGGCCAUGGAAAUGGAGAGACUUCAGAGUAUACUGAGAGAGAAAGAAAGCCUUAUACAGGAUCUGACGCAGAGUCAGGAAGAGGCACAGGCAACCUCCAGACCAUCAGCAACACUGAGAUCAGGGGAUAGCAGCUCAGAGCUGGAGAUGCAGGCUGUUAAAGAGGAGCUUCAUAUUGCCCUGAGGAAAUACAGGGAGACAGAGCGGGAGCUUUUGGAGUUAAGAUCUGCUCUGACCAAAAAGCCUGAAAAUUGCAUUCAGACUGACCCCAAGAGUGCUCUGGAGCAGUUGGUGUCAGAGUACCAGCAGCUGAACCAGGCUCUGAGAGCCGAGAAGAAGCUCUACCAAAACCUGAACCACAUGCAGUCCAGAGGAGACAGUGUGGAGAAGACUCGGGCGCUGCACAUGGAGCUGGACACGGUUCAGGCGCUGCGCGGACAGUUGGAAGAGGUCCUGAUCAGGACCCGAGACACAGCUCUGGCACUGGACAGGGCAGCUAAGGCCCAUGCUGACUAUGGAGAGUUCAGCACAGACGAGGAUGAGGACGAGAUCGAUGAUGAUGAAGAUGAAGGCAGUAGCAGUGAAGAAUUCACCGACAGUAUAGAAGAUGAUGUGAAACUGACUGCUGAGAGUCCGGCUAGCACAGAGAAUGUGGGGGUACGUGGAGGGCAAAUGAGCAGGAGGAUAUCCCAGGAGGCCAUAAGGGGAGGAUGGCGGAAUGAGGUGGAGCAGAAGAAGAGAGAAGAGAGAGAGACAGGAGAAAGGAAAAGCCAGUUCAGCCAGGCUGGCUCUGCCUCACUGUCUCAGGACAGGUGUACUCUACCAAACCUGCAAGAGGAAAACCACAAGCUGGAACUGAGCGGCAGUGGAUCCGGAUCCGGACAAGAUUCCGGAUCCGGAUGUGGAAUGGGAACAGAAAGUAAAGAAUCUGUGAAGUGCAGAAGGUGGGAGCAAAGUGAAACAGACAGGCUGAACCCCCAGAACGAGCAGCGAACCCACAUGCUCAUAGAGGAAGAGGAGGAUGAAUAUGAUGAAGAGGAAGAGGGGGAAGAAGAGGAGGAGGACAUGCGGGCCUCUCGGGGGAAGCGUGGCCUGCCGAAUGUGACUCUGAGAGAGGGAGCAGGGAAGAGGAGGUGUAACAGACCUCAUUCUCUUGACCUCGGAGUGCUGCUGAGUCAUAAAGCUACGGGUGAAUCUAGAGCACAGGAGAUAGAAGGAGAAAGUGGGGGUUCUGCAGGGUUUUGGCAACAUGUCGAGACGGGACUACGUGAGCAGGCAGAGCGUCUCCGGAGUGACCUGGCCCUGAGCCGCCAGGAAAGCAGAGAGCUCCAGGAGCGACUGAUGGUGUCUGAGGCUACUGUACACGCACAAGCUGACCAGCUCAAGGAAUACAGAGAACUACUGACGGAGAGUGCCGUGCAGCAGGACAGUAAGCAGGUGCAGGUGGACCUACAGGAUCUGGGCUACGAGACCAGUGGCCGUAGUGAGAAUGAGGCUGAGAGAGAAGACACCAGUAGCCCUGAGUUUGAUGACGUGGAGCUGUGCAACUCUCUUGCCCGGACGUCGUAUGGCAGUGUUGGUAAUUCGUGGCAUCAGCAUGCUGACAGUUCCCAGCUGGACAACUUGUUGGUGCAGGACCUGCGUGCACAGCUCUCCCGCUGUCACAAAGUGAUCCGUGGACUGCAGAUCCGCGUACGUUCACUCUCCGCUACCUCUGACUACGCUUCCAGCCUUGAACGCACACCACGCAAGGUGAACUGGGCCUUCCAAGAGUCUCCUGCCCCCAGUGGUUUGGAGGACGAUGAGGGCUGGCAUUCAGAUGGGCCAACCCUUGGACCACUAAAGUCCAACAGGGAGCUACAGGAGCUGGUGUCACGUGUGGCAUCACUGGAGAACCAAAUCCGCAGCAGCAAACUGGAAGAAAAAAGAGGGACAGAGGAGGGGAAGAGUGCUACAUGGCCUGGAAAAUACAACACGCUGAUCCAGGCUCAGGCUCGGGAGUUGUCGCACUUGCGACAGCGGAUGCGUGAGGGACGAGGAAUUUGCCACAUCCUCACGCAGCAUCUGGGAGACACUACCAAAGCAUUCGAAGAGCUGCUCCGGGCCAACGAUAUCGAUUACUACAUGGGCCAGAGCUUCCGAGAACAGCUUUCCCAGAGUUCCUCACUCACACAGAGGAUCAGCAUUAAGCUCAGUGGACGAGAUCGGUCAGAAGUGCCGGAUGACAAAAUGGGCCACGAGCUAUUAGCUUUAAGGUUGAGUAAGGAGUUGCAACAAAAAGACAAGAUAAUCGAGUCUCUCCACACAAAGUUGCAGCAACGCCCAGACACACCCUCCAGCAGCCACGCCCCCUCCGAGACAACAGACCAAUCUGAUCGCACUUCCUUUGUGUCAGAUGAAAGGGCCUCGAUAAAUGAGGAUCUGGAACUGUGUUCUGAUGUGGAUGCCGUCAGCGAAUACGCCCAGGAGGAACCAGCUCCCAGAUCAAAUGAUACAGACUGCCCCACCUCCCUCCCUGUCCCUCCCUCUAUUCAGUCUCCUAUCACCCCCUACAGACCAAAGAAGAGUAAGACAGGUCUGUAUUCUGCUCCCUUGUAUGGUUCUUUGCCCUUGGCUCAGACCCACUCCUCAUCCAACUCCUCAAAUAACUUAACCUCUGAACCAUUGCCCUUUUUUGGGCCACUGACACCAGAACAGCACCAGCAGGGUCUGUGCAGACCACCAGUCCGAAGUUUUAGCUUACCACAUUCACUGAGCAGCUAUCCACUGAUGGGCUCUGCACUACCUGAUCCCUCACAUUACACCCAGCUAUCUCACCAUUCCCUUCACCAGCCUCAGAAAUCAGAUAGCAGCCUGGUAGGGAGCAGUGCACCAUGGGACAUGGACAGCGUGGUUCAGCCGAUCAUAGGCUUCACUGGAGCACCUGGUUACCAGUCAGGAAACAGCCAUUCGGGUGUGGACCUGAUUGAGGAGCAUCUGCGUGAAAUUCGUACUCUGCGCCAACGUCUGGAAGACUCCAUCAGGACCAACGAGAGGCUGAGACAGCAGCUGGAGACUCGUUUGGCCAAUGCCACCAGAGACGGAGUAGCACCCACAAACAUCUACAUCCAAGGCCUGGACACUGUCACUCAGCUGUCCAAUGAGAUCCGAGUGCUGAAGGAGGAGAAUCUGAGUCUCCAGUCCCGACUGCAGGCGAGCAGGGACAACAUUGAGGAGGUGAAGCAGUUGAAGGAGGCGGUGCUGUCUGGACGGGCACGGUUGAAACAGGCGGAGUUAGAGGCGGAGCAAUGGAAGGAGGAGCUGAGGAGGCUUCAGUCACACAGCUGUGAACAGAGUCAGCAGAUUCAGCAGCUACGGCAGGAGAGGCAGAGCAACCAGGAGCACAACAAUAGGUUGCAGCAUGAGGUGAGUCUGCUCCAGCAGCAGCUCUCUGAAAGCAGGGCGCUGCUCCACUCCCUGCAGUGUGAACUCCAGCUAUACGACCGAGUGUGUGCAGGGAGCAAGGGCAGUCCCACAGGUUAUCUCUCUGAGCUGCCGUACUCCUCUGCUCCAGCUGUGGGAGAACUUAACCAGUUGCUGGUGGAGGUCCGGGCUCUACGGGCCCAGCUAGAGCGCAGCGUCCAGGAGAACAGCGCUCUGAGAAUACAGCUGCAGAAACAGCUGGAGCAACAGCUGUCCUCAGCCGGUCUGGAGCAGAGACCUUCAUCCCUCAUACCGGCCAGCCCACUGCGGGAAACCCUCUACAGGAGGCAGCUGCUGCACGACCCGUCUCCCUCUCCUCCAGUGAGGGACGUUGGUCCGUUCCCUUCCGGUCCCCCAUGUUCUCCUUAUUCGGAGCUUGAGGAGAGCUCACUCACAGCUAACGACUCUCUGGAACCUCAUGCAGACCUGGAGGGUGAUGCCCCCGAUGGUUCAUUUGCUAACCGGAACGGGCGGCAUGCCAUCGGCCACGUGGAUGACUUCAGUGCUCUGCAGCAGCAGGUUAUGGAGGGCAGAGGGCUGGUGCAGAGGAUGGAGGCCACAUUGAAUACCUGCCUUAACGCUGCACUAAUGGAGGUCAAUCCUGGAAAGGCUCUGGAUUAUGCCAGUGUGAAGACUCUUUUAGCCAACACUAAGACUCUGAGGCAGAUUCUGGAGGAGGCCAUGUCCCUGCUCAAGAUGUUCUGGAGAGCGGCGCUUCCCAGUAAUGACGGCCCCGCCCAGUAUCUCCAGAAAGAGCAGUUAAUGAAAGAGGAGAUCCAGUCUCUGCGUAUGAGGAUAGCGGAACAGGAAGAGGUUCUGCAGAACACUAUACAGAGACUGAGGAGCACCAGCCGCACUAAAGAGAGCAUGGAGACCUUCAUCGUGAGCCAAUUGUCCAGGACUCGAGAUGUCCUAAAAAAAGCCAGAGCCAAUCUGGAGAAGAACGAGCUCAGGAUUUCUUCCUUAAGCUCCUCUUCUUCCUCCCUUUACCAUGGUAAAGUCCUCAAAGGUGCCUACCCAGGGUCUUCUGAUAGGGAUGGCGUGACCCCUGAGAUCGCCAUGGACACCUCCAGUACAAGACUUGCUAAGAAGCGCACCAGGGAGUGCCUUCACUAAGCAGCGUCCUAAACCAGCCAGGACAAGCUCUAACCUCUCCAACACCCUGCCUUAUCCUCUUAGAUCAUCUAUCCUCUUACUUACCUCUUAUCCCUUCUUUACCUGUCCUUAUCUUUGCCUUACCUUGACGAAAAAAGGACUACAGUUUGCCUUGUGAAACGGAUAUCGCGUGUCCUGGCUGCUAUAGAAUGUUUAAAAAGCGAGCUGCAGGCGUUCAGGAGUGUAUUUGCAUAUUAGCUCAGAAACGUUAGCCUUUGUGACGAGAACUUUAAAAAUACAAAUGACGCAUACGUACAAAGGGUUUGUUCUAAAUCGUUCACUACAGGAGAACUUCGACUUUAUAUUGAGAAAGGAAGUGGAUAUUUAUGAUGCAGCUAAACGUACUGCCAGUAAAUCCCGGUGAGAAACUCAGGGAUUUGAGGCAAAGAAACACUAAAAGCCACAUUUCAUAGAUGAGACAGAUCCUCAGGAUCAUCAUCGACUGAACUAACUGGUGCCUAUAAAUACGUUAAAGGCUCAAGCAGCCAUCACUGAAAAUGUGCCACAUCUCCUCACAAUAAGCUCAGAGUUCACUAACAAAGAGCACCGUGUGUGGAAACACUUUAUUGGGUUUAGUGUGGGAGCGUUAUUGUAUGAAACUCGCCGUUGGAGCCGUCGCUGAUUGCCGCUUUAAUCAAGUUCAAACAAGCAUGUGCAAUGCAAUUGUGCCAGCUUUCACUGACACUGGAACUAUGUGUUUUAUAACAAUGAAAGACCGUCAGUGCAAUAUUAUGACUUGUAUUCUUACUCGUAUUAUCCUGUAACACUACUGAAAUUGUUCUUGGACAGUAUUUGCAUGGGUGAGGUAGAGAAAAAGGAAAAUAUCACCUUUGUGUUUGUGUUGUGAGGUGAGGUUCACCAAUACUUGCCAAAGUUUGGACUCUUUCGUAUUACCUUGUCCAUGUCAUUAACCAAGACGUUUAUCCAAAUCUUUUUUUAGUGCCAUUUUAACAUCUUAAAUGAAAGUGAUAUUUCGGACAUGACUUGAUUUAAGGAGAGUGAUUAAUAUUGACAGAUCACAUUUGAUUUUCUUUCAAAGCCGAUUGGCAAGUAUGUGAAUUAGGACCAAAUGAGUUUGUUUCUGCCAUUCACAGCGAGGACACAAUAAAUGUUGGUAACAUCUGUGAAAUUGGGCAUCAUAUAGAAUAGAGUUUUUAAAAAAAAAAAAGUGUGCGUGAAAUGCAGUAACAAACUUUGGCAAGGAUCUGGUGGGUCCAUAAUUAUGCUACUGAUGCCACAAAUACGUACAGUGUAAGUAGCCCAUCACAGUUUGAGGUGUUCCUUAGCUGCUUGAAUAUGUUUGCUGUUUUUUGUUUUUCCCUCCAGUGCUGUACAUAAUUCGCUUUAUACUGCUGUGUCAUUGUGUGGUUCUCCAGCAUUUUUUGCUCUAUAUGCAAUGGUUCAGUAUCUGGGUAGCUGUGCAAUACUUUUAAUCACAGUGUUAAUCUUUCACUUGGAGCAGAAUUUGCUACUUCUAGGCUUCGGAGUUGCCAGUAAAGCGCUAGUGUUAACAGUUAUGCUAAUUUACACAAAGCCACAGGUUUUAAUGCCUGUUAUUAUAAACCUCAAGAUGUUGUUUUAUAGCCAUUAUAGUUUGCUCUCAGCUGCCAAAAAAAAAGAACUCUGAAGACUUUUAGCUACUGCUUGUUGUUAGUUGUAGAUAUUGAAAUAUUUGAAGCAACAAGCCUGGCUGUGUUUGCGCUCAAGAACCAAGAAGUAAUCAUUUCAAAAGUAGAGUAGGGUGGAAUUUCCCCAGUUAGUCAGAUCACUUAAGUCAGAAGUAAGGAUUAGUCUAUAAAAUGUCUUUUGGCUUAGAUGUUUUGAAGAAUACCAAAGUGAAGCCAUUUUCAAAAGUGAAAUUGUGCGGAACUCUGCAAAGCGUAAAGCAAAGUCUGCAUCUGAAGUGUUACGAUGGACAGACGCUGUAACCAGCCAUGAGAAAUUGAAAACUGUAUUGUGUGUAUAUAAUGACUGUUGCCACGGAAACUGCUGUGUUUGUGUAAUGCAAUAAACGGUCACGGAUGCAUUGGA